GCCGUCGCGGUCGAGCCGGGCCGCAGCCUCCCACGUCCGCCGUCGCGAGCGCAGUCCCCGGCGCGGGCACAGCUGCUGGGGCGAGCCCCGGGGACGCCGGGGUGGCGGCCACGAUGGUGGCCACGUGCCUGCAGGUCGUGGGCUUCGUCACGAGCUUCGUGGGCUGGAUCGGCAUCAUCGUCACCACGUCCACCAACGACUGGGUGGUCACCUGCGGCUACACCAUCCCCACCUGCCGCAAGCUGGACGAACUGGGCUCCAAGGGGCUGUGGGCCGACUGCGUCAUGGCCACGGGGCUGUACCACUGCAAGCCCCUGGUGGACAUCCUCAUCCUGCCGGGCUAUGUGCAGGCCUGCCGAGCCCUGAUGAUCGCAGCCUCGGUCCUGGGGCUGCCGGCCAUUCUCCUGCUGCUGACGGUUCUCCCCUGCAUUCGAAUGGGCCAUGAGCCCGGUGUGGCCAAGUACAGGCGGGCCCAGCUGGCUGGCGUCAUGCUCAUUCUGCUGGCUCUCUGUGCCAUCGUGGCGACCAUCUGGUUCCCGGUGUGCGCCCACCGCGAGACCACCAUCGUGAGCUUCGGCUACUCCCUGUACGCGGGCUGGAUCGGGGCCGUGCUGUGCCUCGUGGGCGGCUGUGUCAUCGUCUGCUGCGCCGGGGACGCCCAGGCCUUUGGUGAAAACCGUUUCUACUACUCCUCGGGCUCCAGCUCGCCCACUCAUGCCAAGAGUGCCCACGUAUAGAGGGCUCCGGCCUGACCGCGGAGCUGCUGCGGGUCCCGGGCCCGCGGCCCUAGAGUCGCUGCCCGGCCCGGGGAGGCCCCUGGGCUGCCAGGCUCCAAAGCCAAAGUUCUAGAAAAGCAUCCGGUCUGGCAUGUUUUAGUCUUGAUACCCCUCUCUCUAUUUGUUGCCUUAAAAGGAAUCUUUAGCUCAGAAAAUGCCCUUUUCUCAUAGUUUUGCCCAUUAUUAGCUUUUUUCUUGGGCAUUCCUUUGUUGUUCCCCAGGAUAUAUAUGGAUAGAUAUAUAUCCCCCCCCCCCGUUUAAAUUUUAAAUAUCUUGCAAACAUUGCUGAGUUGGGUGUGCGGAGAGGAAUAAAAGACCCUUUUCAAACUGUUACAGAUGAAAAUGGGAGCCUCAUAAAGAUGCCUCUCUGUUCGCUCCCUCCUCUUCGGCUCCAAGGUCACCUAGUGAUAAGCCAUAGAAAAAACUAGAACUGGGGACAUGGGGUGGGGAGGGAGGGGAUUGGGGAACUUCCCCUUUUGUAAGCUGAGGGCAAGGGGUGGGGAUAUUUUUUAGUUUGUGAUUUUACAUUUAUCUGUACAUACUUUUUCGAGGUUGAUCAUUUUUGUAACCAUGGUUUUCCUGAAAUUCUCGACUCAUCUGUAUGAAGGAAAUGAACCAAAUAGACUUCAAUGAUACGAUAAGUAACAAUACAUGUGCAUAUAACUCUAAUUGACACGCCGCCAAAUAUAUUUGAUUUCCAGGUUUGUAUGAUAUGGUUCUUAAUCCUACACUUGCGUAUGCCUCAACGUAACGCAUCUUUAAAGCUUCCCCCCUUCUCUGUUGUCAUUUUGUUAAGCCAUCUUGAAGCGAUGUUGUUUAACAUAAAUCGUGCUGUUGAAUUUGGCUUUACGGGUGUAAACACUGAUGGUGUAUCAGAAUCUGAGGCCCCAAACUCUCCAAACAUUGAUGGUGCAUUUUGUUCUUUAAGUGAAACCCAUGCAAUAAAAUAACAGACUGUAUGCAAAA